AUGAGUGUACCCUGCAUCGUAGGUUAUCAGCCGUACGCGGCUCUGCCUUUCUACAGCAACGACUACUUGAUCUACUACGACCACAAUGAACUCGGGAUCAAGCCAAGAUACGACAAUGACUUUCGGUCAAUCUUCUGCGCUUGCCAUUGCAAAGGCAGUUCCCAAGGGGAAAGCAAAGAGUCUACCAAGAGCAUCUACGCCUUCGCGUCCGACAUCCACAGGUUCGAGGACGGGCAAGGCUCCCGAACGACGAGCCGAAGCGUCUGGUUUUCAGGCACCUCGGACUACGUCCAGGGCCAAGGACAAAGGAGUGAAGACCUUGGAAAAGAAGUCAAGACCAUCAUCUUCGAGAAGCUCUUCAGCACGAUCGAGGACUUCGGCUACUCGUGGGCGUGA